ACAAAUACUCAAAAGGCCAUGGUUAUGGAAACUCGAGACUCGGAUUCUGCUCCUUUACACGAAAAAAUAUUUUUCAAGAACACAACCCCGCGAGCCAUAGAGCUCGUGAUUCUUGCCCUUCUCGUCUCCUUGCUUGUGUAUCGAGUCGUUACCUUCAAAGACCAAGACAACUACUUCCCAUGGUUGCUUGCAUUGUUGUGUGAGUCGUGGUUUACUUUGUAUUGGAUUAUUAUCGUGAAUGCGAAAUGGACUCAAUGCAUGAACAAAACUUAUCCUGAACGACUCUUGGACAGGGUAAAUGAAUCAGAGUUCCCUGCAGUGGAUAUAUUCGUCACUACUGCAGACCCUGUCCUUGAACCAUGUAUCUUAACAAUGAACACAGUGUUAUCCUUGCUAGCAGUGGAUUAUCCGGCCAACAAGUUAGCUCUUUAUCUCUCUGAUGACGGAUGUUCACCUCUUAUACUUUAUUCACUUGUUGAAACAACAAAGUUCGCAAAACUUUGGGUCCCUUUUUGCAAAAAGUAUAACGUUCAAGUUAGAGCUCCCUUUCGAUACUUUACGCCCAAGACCCCAUCAAUGGAAGACGAGUCAUCAGAGUUCAAACAAGAAUGGAAAACGAUGAAGAAUGAAUAUGGAAUUCUUUACAAAAAGAUCCAUCUUGCAGCUCAGAGGACAUUCCCAUGUGAUCGUGAUUCGGAUUUUGCUGUUUUUGCUGACACCCACCGCUCGAACCAUCCAACCAUCAUCAAGGUUGUAUCGGAGAACAAAGAGGGUACUCCAAACGACCUUCCCCAUGUUAUAUACAUCUCAAGAGAGAAGAACCCCAAGCAUCACCAUCAUUACAAAGCUGGAGCUAUGAAUGUUCUCACAAGAGUCUCAGGAGUGAUGACAAAUGCACCAUUGAUGCUCAACGUAGACUGCGAUAUGUAUGCAAACAAUCCACAAGUUUUUCUCCAUGCAAUGUGUAUGGUGUUCAGUUUCAAGAACGAAGAAGAUUGCGCUUUUAUCCAAUUCCCUCAAGCAUUUUACGACGGAUUGAAGGAUGACCCUUUUGGAAUUCAACUGGUGAAUUUAUGCUAUAUUGCGAAUGGAAUAUCGGCAAUUCAAGGGUCUUUCUAUGCAGGAUCAAACUGUUUUCACAGAAGAAAGGUUAUAUAUGGUUCAUCUACGAACGAUACAAUCAAAACUGGAAAUUACACAGAUAACGAAUAUCUACAUACAAUGUUUGGAAAAUCAAUUGAAAUGAGCGAAUCAGCUGCUCAGGCGUUAUCAGGAUCGAAUGCAAAGUUAGAAAACCGAAGAAUUCCCUCUAGUUUCAUCGAGGCAGCCAUCCAAGUUACAGGCUGUAGCUACGAGUAUGGUACUGCCUGGGGCAAACAGAUUGGUUGGAUGUAUGGAUCUACGGCAGAAGAUAUCCUAACCGGACUCUCGAUCCAUGGCAAAGGAUGGAAAUCGGUCUUUUGCGUACCUGGACCGGCCCCAUUUCUUGGUUGUGCACCUUUAACAUAUCCUGGUGCUUUAAUACAGCAAAAACGAUGGGCCACCGGGCUUCUCGAAGUCUUGUUCACCAAUAAGAACCCGCUACUUCUUACUUUGAAAGGGAAGCUUUGGGUUCGACAAGCCCUUGUUUACAUGUGGCUGUGUUCUUGGGGCUUUCGAGGGGUUCCAGAGAUAUGUUACGCCGCUCUUCCCGCAUAUUGUAUCAUCACAAACUCACGUUUCUUGCCCAAGAUCUCCGAAUCGGCAUUUCUCAUCCCUACGGCCAUUCUCGUCAUUUAUACUCUUUACGGGAUUUGGGAACUCAAACCGCUCGGUAUAUCGGUUCGUAUGUGGUGGAACCUUCAAAGAAUGGGGCGAGUAAAUGCGAUGACGGCAUUGUUAUCUGCGUGGCCGAGUGUCAUCCUCAAGCUCCUCGGCUUGUCACAGACGGUUUUCCAUGUGACACCGAAGGAUGAAAGCUCGUCUGAUGGUGAUGACAACGAUGAUGCAAAUGCCGGUAGGUUUACUUAUGACAGGUCACCCACUAUUGUUCCAGGUGUCGUCAUUCUGCUGGUGAAUAUGACGGCAUUGGUCAGCGGCUCGUGGAGACUGGUCAAGAUGGGGUCUCGUGAAGAUUUGACAGCGGUGUUGGGGUUAGGGGAGGUGUUUUGUAGUGUUUUUGUGUCACUGUGCUUCUGGGAAUACCUAAAAGGGAUGUUCAGAAACGGGAAAUAUGGGAUUCCAUGGAGUACAAUUUGGAAGUCUGCAAGUUUGGCUUUGUUGUCUGUGCAAUUAUGCAGAAGAUCAUCACAAUGGUUUUAGAGAAUUAGAUACAUGAUUUAUGUAUGUAUACUUGAUUUACAAGGUCGCUAGAAUGUUGUUCAAGAACCAUUUUAGUUAAAUAAAUGAUCCAAGUGUAAGUG